AUGUUGUACAACUUAGCUGUCGUAUAUUCUGCGCGGAAUAUCAUCAAUGAUGAUCACGUUGCCCUCAAACUCGAAACCGUUGUCAACCACUCAUCUUCUGUCGAGCGUGAAUACUAUAUUUUGAAACAACUUGAAGGCGGAGUUGGCAUCCCACGCACCUUCUGGUUUGGUAGAGAGUCAAUGCAUCAUGUUCUGGUCCUUGAACUCCUUGGACCAUUCAGCCUUCUCAAUGUUGUCAAUCUUGGAGUCCAGUUGUAUGUUCACUCACACAAUUAUGUUCAUGGCGACAUUAAACCGCAGAACAUCUUGGUGGGUCUCGGAAAUUCGAGGCACACCGCCUAUAUCAUUGAUUUUGGAAUCACGAAGACAUACUGGAACACUAAGACCAGUGACCAUGUACCAUUUCGCCAUGGUCGAAGUCUCUCUGGUACUCCCGCAUUCGCCUCAAUCAACAAUCACCUAGGAGUUGAGCCAGGUCGCCAUGACAAUCUUGAGUCGCUCACUUACAUGCUAAUCUAUUUUUUGCGUGGCUCCCUUCCAUGGUUAGCCAGUGAUGAUGAGAAAUUAUCCAGCUCUACCAUACUCGAGCACAAAGCACACGCUACCAUUGCAGAAAUAUGCCAUGACAUCCCCGUCGAAUUCGCAAACAUUCUUAUUUACACCUGCUCUCUCGCAUUCACUGAAGAUUCUGAUUACGAUCAUCUUCGUUCACUACUACACAGUGAAGGUGAGGAAUCUUGA